AUGGCAUCAGGAGAUGAUAUGUGGGCACCAUCUUGGACCGGGCCUGAGCCACAGAGGGGUGAUCAGCCAAAUGACUACCAACCAACAAUGGAUUGGCAAGAAGGUUCAGGGGAUAGGCAAGAAGGUUCAGGGGAUAGUGAAGACGACACUAGGCGCCGUGCAGGAGUUUCGGACUAUUUGGAUGGCAUCAAUUUAACUGCAAAUACAUCGAACACUGCACCCACUGGACCUAGUGCUUCAGGGAGUCAAGGGAAGAGGAAGAGAGGUGAAGGGUUGGACAAGUACAAGAAGCAAAAGAUGCCAGCGACAAGAAGAAUAGCAGAUUCAGUAAGUUCGAUUGAGAAGGCUUCAAUUAGUACAGCAGAGGCAAUAAACAAAAUCUGCAUCAGUGAUAACACUACUGAGCUUACUGCUGAUCUACUGAGUAUGCCUGAAAUUGUCAAUGACUUACAACUUUGUGUGACAUGUUGUAAUCUGCUAGCUAACAAGACAUUCAGGGACAUAUAUGCUGGUUUGAGAGAAAAUCGGGAGGUAUUAGUAGCUUGGUUGAAGCACAAUGCUGCAAACCCCCCGCCAUAUGCUGCACCGAAGAACCCCCCGCCAUAG